CCUAGCGAGCCUCACAAGCCCUCAACAUACUUGGUGGAGAACUCCUUUGAAGAAUCACUGCAAUGGCAAGUGGAACUUUGUUUUGUUACCAUGCCUUUCCGUUGCAAGCUAGUUUAGUCCUGUAUUUUUCUGUUGGAACUUGUGUAAGGCGUAGUUUAUUUUCAGUAUACAUGUCGGUUAGUUUGUGAAUUAGUUAUGGCUGCUAUGAGUCAAUUUCAAAGUUCGGUUUUCUUUUGAUGUGUCUGUCACUUUUCCCAUUUAUGAGUGUCAUUUUGGAUGUUAUUGCCUUUGUUUUUGAGUCUUUGAAAAAUUUGGCUUAUGUUGAACUUUUCCACUUGUCAUCCUAGGCAGAGAGCGCGAACCCUGGCUGAGGGGGCCGUUUGCCAAGAAAAUUUGGAAGUGAAUUCAGGUUCGAAUGAGUGGCCUGCCCCUCCUCCACCCGUUCAGCAGUCUAGAGAACUGUUGUUCCGUUCAUUUCUAAGGUCAAUUCAUAGAUCACCUAGGGUUGAAGCACAAGCACAGGCGUUUAGUGCAAUUGCGACUCCCAGUGAAUGCUCUCCAGUUUCUCUUUGUACUAGCGACCACAAAUCCGACUCUGAAGAGGAACUUAUAUAUGAAAACGUAGAGCCCAGAGAAAAUUGUCCUAGUCGUGAAGGUAUAAGUGAAGAUUCAAUUGAGGAACUGCAUAAUUCAUUCGUCGAUAGUUCUUCAGAGUCAGGUCAGUUGUCUCUUGCACCAGUCUAUGCCGAAAUGGAAGAUCAAGUUAAUCAGUUAGGUCGAGCAGUUGAACAAAUGCAGGCUUCUGUUAACUCACAGGGUAGAAGUGUCAGUGUGAAAUUGUUAGUAACGUUUCCAGUUUUUAGGAGAGAUGAGUGUGAGGAUGCUCAUGAGUUUAUUAGGAAUUAUAACAGGGCUGGUAGGUUAAAUGGUUGGGACGACAACAAUUUAGCUUUGGGGCUUCCUCUCUAUUUAAAGGGUCAUGCUAACGGGUGGUUCAAGACUUUGCCCAUGGCUGACGAGAUGUCUUUUGAAGAAUUAUCUGAGCAAUUAAUUACACAUUUUGCCUCCGGAGCCAGCGAGUGGCGCGCAAGAGAGGUGUUAGGGCAGCGGUGACAACUGGAGAAAGAAUCAGUUGCAGAUUACUCUUGUAGUCUCCGAACCCACUGUGCGAGAAUCAAUUUGCCUAGAUCUGAGUGGACACAUUAUUUUGUGCAAGGCCUCCUACCUGAGAUCUGCAAAUACGUUAUUUUGCAAAAAACCUGA